AUGCUGUUUUCACCGCUGCCUCUCGUCUGCAUCCUGGUUGUCGUCCCCGUAGUUGCGCAUGCCCUACGCAACUGGUGGAGGCUCCGAACUCUGGCAACCGAACAUGGCUGUCGUCGUCCACCGCAGCUCUCACGACUGCAAAACCUUCGGCAGCAAAUGGCAGCCCUAACAGCGCAUACCUGGCUCGACAUGUGGUGCCAGCGUUAUACCACGAUUGGCACGACCUUUGAGAGCGCGACGGUCGGUACGGAUUCCAUCAUCUUCACUAUUGAACCGGAGAACAUCAAGACCAUACUAGCGACCAGUUUCUCCUCCUUUGCGUUAGGAGAGCGACGACGCAAUCUAUUGAGCCCACUCGUAGGCAUGGGUGUAUUCACGGCAGAUGGAAGGGCAUGGGAACAUUCGCGGUCAUUGAUCCGCCCAACUUUUACCAAGAUGCGCAUCGCUGAUUUGGACCUGUUCGAGUCACACUUUCAGGACCUCCUAGCCGCUUUGCCGCCACGUAGUCCGUACUCAGGCCUAAUCGAAGUCGACCUGCAGCCAUUGUUCUUUCGCAUGACGCUUGAUUCGGCCACGGAGGUACUACUAGGCCGCUCGUUUCAUUCGCUGCGGGCUCCACCCGGUUCGCCGUUUCACCGUUUCAUGGAAGCCUUCGACUACGCCCAGCUCAAGGUGCACACGCGCGACCUGCUAGACCGUGGGUGGAUGAAGCCGCUGGGUCUAUUCCGGCGCUUACUGCGUGGAGGACGCAAGGAUCGCUUUGAUGAGGCAUGUGAAACGGUCAAUACUGUUCUAGAUGAAACGAUCAGGGAGUUUCUUGGUCAGCUACAUGCUGGGGGCUCGUCGCAGGAGAAGACAGACCAGGACCACAAGCAAAAGCUAUAUGUGUUAUUGGAAGAAAUGGUGCAGAGCACGCGCGAUCCGCUCGAGUUGCGAUACGAGCUUCUUAACGUGCUCAUUGCUGGUCGUGAUACAACGGCCUCGCUCCUCAGCAAUGUGUUCUUCAUGCUAGCGCGCCGUCCGGAUCUGUGGACAGAAGUACGCACAGAAGUCCUGCGGGUAGUUGGUCAACGGCCGCCCACAUACGAGGCAUUGAGAGACCUAAAAGCAGUUCGAAAUGUACUAUUUGAAUGCCUCCGUCUUUACCCACCCGUCCCGUUCAACUCACGCUGUGCCACCACCGAUACAGUUCUCCCUCGUGGUGGUGGUCCUGAUGGGCAGUCACCAAUUCUAGUACGUGCUGGGCAGGCCGUCAACUAUCAUGUGUAUGCAUUGCACCGUAGGCCCGAUAUCUUUGGGCCGGACGCAGUUGUGUUCCGCCCCAGUCGAUGGAACGAUCCCUCCCUGCGGCCGGGCUGGGGAUAUAUCCCGUUCAAUGGUGGUCCUCGCAUCUGUCUCGGUCAGCAAUUUGCUCUGACGGAAGCAUCGUAUACGGUGGUCCGGUUGAUACAGCAAUUUAUUGCGAUUGAGCGCCGGGAUGUGGAGCUCGAAUGGAAGGAACAUGUAGCAUUGGUGACCAAGAGUCGCCGCGGGACGAGAGUAGCCUUAGUUUUGCCAGAGAAAUGA